AUGUUUGCAAAGAAAGAGCAGCUCCAAGCGGCGACGGUGAAGGUGGAGCUUGGUUUAUCAGGUUUAGACCUGGACAUGCACCCUAUUACAAAUGUUAAAUCCCACGGAAAGAAGAAGAGAAGAUUCAACGACGAACAAAUUAGGUUGCUGGAAGUCAUGUUCGAGUCGGACUCGAGACCGGAGUCGGUAAUAAAACAACAGCUAGCUAAUGAGCUUGGACUACUGCAGCCUCGACAGAUUGCUAUCUGGUUCCAGAAUAGGAGAGCUAGAUCAAAAGCUAAGCAAAUUGAAAGAGAUUACAACGUUUUGAAAGACAGUUAUGAUGCUCUUUCCUCUAGAUAUGAAUCCUUGAAACGAGAAAACCAAUCCUUGCGUAUCCAGCUGCAAAAACUGAAGAAUCAGCUUGAAAUGGGACAUGGAAACCAACCUAAUGGAUCAAACAGAGCAGACGAAAACAGUGGUGCUAUAUUCGACAUAACGAGAAGGUUACCCUUAUAUUCAAAGAAAAUGACCAUUUGUUUUCAUCCAAUGACAAUAACAGAAAUGUUGAGAGAAGGGAUGAAGAUAGGGUGGUUCUGAACAAGAUAGAAGACACUGAUGGUUCCUUGACUUCAUCGGAAAAUGGGUGCAGCUUCGAGUUCAAUUGUUUUCUUGAUGAGUCAAGUUGUAGUUCGAACUGGUGGGAGUGCUGGUGAAGUUAAAUGGAAAAUGAAAUAUGCAGGC